ACCUAUUACCACACUAAAGUUUAGCUCAGUAUGUGUAAGAUUGACUAAAUUACUGCCUUUUUUCUGUAAUGAUCAGCUGUUGUGAUGGCGAUCUUACAAAAAGUGAUUCAGUGAUUACUUACUGGAAGUUUCAUUKUGAUUCCUCCAGUGGUUURKGAGAUAUUUUCAUAAAAGGCAAUCAURUGGCCAAAAAAAAGUCCACAGUGGGCCGGAGGUAGCCCGCUGGCCGCCAGUUGGUGAUAGAGGGAGGGCUGGAGGUGUGUAGGAGGUGUGGAUGCUGGGUGUGAGCUGGAGCACCCUCCCUUCCAAUUCAGCAACAGUCUGACUUUUAAAGACCCCCAAAGCGCAUCCGGAUCCACUUCUCUGCCCCCAGAUCCCAGUCCUCUACUGGAGCGCGCGCACAUGGGCCGCGGGAUGCAGCCUGGGACCGCGGACACGGAGCUGCCGCCGCGCGCUUCGCCUCCAUCCCGACGUAGCACACCGGAUUACUUUUAACAAACACUUCAGGAGGAUAAACAAAAAAAAAAGGAUCCAUUUCUUCGCAUUUUUUUAAUUUAUUUGUUUUUUCAAGUUAAGAGCUCAAGUCCAGCUGAUGUUCAAUGCGCAGYCAUGCUCAUCAUCCCUUCUCGCGGAGCGCUGCUGUCCGUCUACUACCCGCAGAUCUUCCUCAUCCUCACCAGCGGCAGCUACCUGGCCCUGUCCUCCGUGGUGGCUCUGGGUGCCAACAUAAUCUGCAACAAGAUACCAGGAYUGGCCCCCCGUCAGAGGGCCCUUUGUCAGAGUCGCCCCGACGCCAUCAUCGUCAUCGGCGAAGGCGCCCAGCUGGGCAUCAACGAGUGCCAGCACCAGUUCCGGCACAGCCGGUGGAACUGCUCGGCGCUGGGAGAGAGGACAGUCUUCGGACAAGAGCUGAGAGUAGGCAGCAGGGAGGCAGCCUUCACUUACGCCAUCACGGCGGCCGGAGUUGCCCACGCGGUGACCGCGGCCUGCAGCCGAGGCAACCUCAGCCAGUGCAGCUGCGACCGCGACAAGCAGGGCUACCAGGACCGGGAGGAGGAGGGCUGGAAGUGGGGGGGCUGCUCGGCCGACGUCAAGUACGGCGUGGAGUUUUCCCGCCGCUUUGUGGACGCUCGUGAGGUCAAGAAAAACGCGCGCCGCCUGAUGAACCUUCACAACAACGAGGCGGGUCGAAAGAUCCUGGAGGAGAGGACGAAGCUGGAGUGCAAGUGUCACGGUGUCUCCGGUUCCUGCACCACGAGGACCUGCUGGAUCACGCUGCCGCAGUUCAGGGAGGUCGGCCGUACGCUGAAGGAGCGCUACGGCGAGGCGGUUCAGGUGGAGCCGGUUCGGGCGUCGCGGCUCCGGCAGCCCGCCUUCCUGCGCGUCAAAGAGGCCCGGGGCUACCGGAAGCCCGCCGACACGGACCUGGUGUACCUGGAGCGGUCGCCCAAUUACUGCGAGGAGGACGCGGCCACGGGGAGCGCUGGGACGCGGGGCCGGCUGUGCAACGACACGUCGACGCUGGCGGACGGCUGCGGCGCCAUGUGCUGCGGCCGCGGCCACGACGCRCACCGCUACACGCGGGCGUGGCAGUGCGACUGCAAGUUCCACUGGUGCUGCUUCGUCAAGUGCAGCACCUGCAGCGAGAAGUCCCAGGUGUUCACCUGCAAGUAGCUUGGAGGAAACAAAGUGGAGUAAUUUAUUCCAAUUUGCACAUUUUCCACAUCCUGUUUAAAAGAAUGACAUAAAAGCAUUGGGAACGUUUCCAGCUUCAGCAAUUCUUUCCUACGACGCCAAACAUGAAAAAUAGAUUGAACUAUAUCGGGACUGCCGUGAACCAGAUCCAGAUUCUUACGAGGCAGCAGCAGUUCUCUUACACUGUAUUCUGUUUAAACACUGAAUGAAACAUAUUUAUGUAAAACUGCUUGAAGACUUUAAAGCUUCAGUCUUUGAAAAAGUUUUAAUUCCUCCCAUAUUUUAAUUACUUGUCACGUUCCAACCACAAACUUUAAAGUACUUUACUGGGUUUUUAUGUAACGUAAUGCAUAAUUACAUGUGUUGUGUGAACAAUAGUGCUCACACAGCAUCAAAAGCGAUGGGAWAAAGUUAGAGAAGUUUAAAGCUGUAUGAGAUUAUGAAACAAUGUCCCAUGUUUUAUAUAUUUAAUAGAUUUCUGUUCUGUCAUGUGAAAACUAUUUAAAAAAAAAGAAAGAUGUGACACAACCAAGACAUGGUCCAAAGGUACAAAUUAAAUCGGACGACGGCCCUAAGCGUCAAGUCAGAGCUACGCUAGAAAGGUUUAAUCCACGAGUUACUGCAGCCCAGUCUUAAUUCAGGAUCUGGCGAGACCUUAAAGUGCCUGUGACAGAAACGUUUUGUAAUAAACAUGAAGGCAUAUUUGGAAAGAUAACAUUGAUGACAUAUUUCAAAACACAUUUCAUGUUGCUGAGGUGAACAGUUGUUGCGAUAUUUGCAUGUGAAGAAACAGGAAGUGAUGUCAAAGGGGAAUGUCAGCAUGUGAACAGAGCGUUGUUA